AUUCCAUUCUCAAAGACACCAUAAAUUGUCAAAUUUUGAAUUUGUAACGAGAUCUGAAAUUAAAGUUACGGCAAAAAAGAGUUUGACAUGGAACCACAAGGCCCAGAACCAAUGACCCUGGGGUCACCACAGUCUUCCUCAACUAGUCUCCCUGGAAGCCUCUCAAGUCAAUUUCUUCCUGCAUUUCUGAUAGGAGAUCAGAGCCCUGCAGUCUCGCCUGCUCUAGGGAGACAAAGGUCACUGCUGAGAAGUCCUUCCAGGUCAAUGACCCCUUCGACCCUUGGGCCGAGGGAUAGUCUACACAGAGCAGACUCCAGUGAUAGUCGUGUCGGGCAGACACCAAGGACUGCUUCACAGGUUUCACACACACCCAAAGACAAAGGAAAUGCCCCACCGGUAGCUGGUCUCUAUGAUCCUAUUCAAGACCACAGAGGGAGCCCUGCUGUUUUUGAUACACCAGAAAGAAGACAGUUGGAUUUCACUCAAGCGCCUUCAAGAACACCAAGACAAUUAGAUUCCCCUGCUGCCAGUCGUCUGUUUUCCCCCUCCCAACAGUCAAUGGUUCAGUCCAACCAAUGGUCAAUGCAGGCACCGCCAUCACCGCCACAGGUUGAUCCAUUCUAUACACAGGGGGAGAAUAUUUUGCCAGAAGAUGAAUUAGAUGAUACCUGGAUCACCAUUUUUGGUUUCCAGUCAGCAGCAACGUCUUACAUUCUUCAGCAGUUCUCACAGUACGGCAAUAUAGUUUCACAUGUGGUUGCUAGCUCUGGUAACUGGAUGCAUAUACAGUACAGCUCUCAUAUACAGGCCAGGAAAGCAUUGAGUAAAAACGGCAAGGUCUUCGGAGGUAACGUCAUGGUUGGAGUCACCCCCUGUAUAGAUAAGGGGGUAAUGAGUGGGGGUACAUCAGACUCCUACGGGGUGAACACCACCGGUAGCAUGGACACACCCAUCACCCCUGCUAAGAGAUUGGUAUCACAGAAUGCUGAACCAGAGGCUGUUAGGAGGACUCCUAUCAGACCACUCACUGCUGCGUACAAGGCGGCUAGUAACCCUCAUGAGGUUGUCCAAGAGAGUAGGACCCCUCAGAAGUCUAGCAAUGUCGUCAGUAAAACAUUGGAAUACAUGUUUGGAUGGUGAAGCAAGCACAUGUUCUACUAAACACUGGAUUAUUACAGAUCAUGAACUCCAAGACAAUCAAGUGGAAACCAAUUGUACGACUUCACUUGACUUCACUUGUUGCAGGAGUUUGACAUGCUGUAUAAAACCUUAGAUUAUCAUAACAGUGAACUGUUAACCCUAGAUAGUCACAAACAGGGAUCUGGGCGUGCCUAUGCACAGAUAGUGAACUGAAGAUAAACACGCUGGACCCAAAUUGUUUGACUAUUUACGAGAUGCGAUGGGUAUUACUUGAAUGACUUGCUCGCUCAGAGGAGUUUCACUUGCUGUCUCUUUAAGCCUCGAGUUGUGGCGAGCUAGCUGGCUCGAUCUUAUGGCAAGCAGUGUUAUCAUUAAAAAAUAUUUCUUGAUAUC